AUAAAAGCAUAAUGAUGUCAUUGAAAAUUUUUAUUUAAACGAUUAUCAGAUUUUUACAGAUGAAUAUUUCAUUGUCAAUGCAAGCAAUUUUUUACACGCUAAUAAAAUAUUUAACGAGAACUAUUAAUUGAAGUCACAGCUCUGAGAUGAUAUUUAUAAAUACAAAAUAAGUCUAAUUAAUCUCUCAGUAAUCGUACUUUCUAGAAAAUUUUAGUUAUUGAAAAGAAAAAAUUUUUCCACUGUUCACUUAGACUAAAGUUAAAAUUCUUAUGUUGAAAUUAAAAACAGUGACAUAAAAUGACGAAACAUCGUUUAUAUUUUUAUUUAUUUUUAUCAACAUCCUUAUCGGUAUAUUUUAAUUAAAAUUUAAUCAUAAAGUAGAUAUCACAUAAUGAUAAUUCCAUUCAGUAGAAAAAUAAGCGGUGGCGUUUUCCAGUGACUGAGAGUAUAAAAUAACUUCCAGAUCUAAAUUAAAUUUACAUGUGUUCUAAUCGUUUGCUCACAUUUCAUAUAAUUAUCAUCUAUCAUUAAAGUUUUGAGCUUACUGAUAACAGGAAAAAUAUAGUUUAGAUAUCAUUUCAUAAUAAAUUAUUUAUUUAUUUAGAGAGAUGGGUGGUGGCAUUGUUUUCAUUACACAGCAAGCUAUUACCGGAAAGGUAUAAAAGAUACGUUGAUGAUCAAGUAUCUUCAGUGAACGUAACGCAAGCCGGGUGUGAGAGCACAUUUGUCGUCUUGUUAAAUUUAAUUAAAUUUUUUUGUUUUGUUCGAAGACAGAGGUAUUACGGUCUCUUCACUUUAAUCCUGCUUGGAGUUCAUUGAUUGAUGAUUUAAUGCUCGACGAUCAGGGGCAAGUGAUUUUGAACCAAUUACGGACGGAAAUAACAGCUAUUUACAUAAGACAGUUUCUGUGAUUAUUAUUAUUAUAAGAAACUAGUGAUUGUUUAUUUUGUAAAUAGUUAACAACAUAACUGUGAUAUAAUCAACUAGGGUGAUCGUGAAUUGUUCCGCGGAUUAGUUACAGUUGAUAAAGUUACUAAGUAAAACGGCAGGACACUUAUGAAGGGGUCCGUCGUUCCAACGAGAUCCACUGCUGAGCUUAUUAAGCAUAUUUGGGAUAUUGAUUGGAAACAGUAGUUAUAAUAAGAGUUGUUAACUGAGAAUGCGCGAUGACGCAGCGAAUUUACCAGUGGUCCACGAACCCUCUCGAGGGGGCCCCCCAGAGUAUCCAAAUGGAGCCUCCCAAGACAAAGUCGAAUCAUCAAGAAAAAAUCCCCUUGAGGUACACACAACAAGACAAGGAGAAGGAUAAACAGGAAACAGAAUGUAUACUGGAUGAUGAUAAUGAGCCAAUUGAAUUUGUUCCACCGCAAACAAAGGAGGAGGAUAAGCCACCCCCAGAGGCGCCAUCCGUACCACCCAUCCCUUAUUAUAAACUCUUUCGAUUUGCGACAUUCGGCGAGUUGAUGUACGUCUUUGCUGGCCUCUUCAUGGGCACCAUGACGGGCCUGUGUAUUCCAGUAGCAAAUAUUCAGUAUGGUGAGUUCACUACUCUUCUGGUGGAUCGUAAUAUGACGAAUCAGACCAGCACGCCUACUUUUGUCAUGGAGAUGUUUGGUGGUGGAAAGAUUUUAGGACCGAAUGCAUCAAAAGAAGAAAGAAUGAAUGCGUUGUACGACGAUUCAGUAGCCUUCGGAGUGUCCUGUGCAGCUUUGUCGACCUUUCAAUUUAUCUUUGCAAUAUUCACAGUAGAUCUGCUGAAUGUCGCAGCGUUCCGUCAAAUUCACAGGAUCCGUCGCAUGUUUUUGCAAGCUGUUUUGAGACAGGACAUGUCUUGGUACGACACCAACACCUCGACGAACUUCGCUAGCAGAAUAACCGAGGAUUUAGAUAAGAUGAAAGAAGGAAUGGGAGAAAAAUUGGGAGUAUUUACGUAUCUGACGGUUUCAUUCGUGUCAUCUAUAAUAGUGUCCUUCUACUACGGAUGGAAGCUGACCCUGGUAGUCUUAAGUUGCGCUCCAGUGAUUGUAAUUGCCACUGCGAUCGUAGCCAAGGUCCAAAGCUCGCUAACUGCCUUGGAAUUGACGGCUUACGGUCAGGCAGGUAGCGUAGCUGAAGAGGUUCUUGGUGCGAUUCGUACAGUAGUGGCAUUCGGAGGCGAAAAAGUAGAGGUCAAUCGUUACACUGCUAAGCUAGUGCCUGCCGAGAAGACGGGUAUUAAACGUGGAAUGUGGUCCGGAGUGGGUGGAGGUAUUAUGUGGUUCAUCAUCUACCUAAGUUAUGCGGUUGCCUUCUGGUACGGAGUGCAGCUCAUUCUUGAAGAUCGUCCGAAGCUUGAAAAAGAGUACACACCAGCAGUCCUGGUAAUUGUCUUCUUUGGAGUGCUCGCUGGCGCCCAAAAUAUGGGAUUGACUUCACCACAUCUUGAAGCCUUCGCGGUGGCUCGCGGAUCCGCGGCUACUGUUUUUCAAGUCAUCGACCGGGUGCCCACUAUCGACAGUCUUAGCACACAAGGACAGAAGCUUCCUAGUGUCAACGGGGAUAUUGAAUUCAAGGAUGUGUACUUUAAGUAUCCAGCGCGUAAGGAUGUUAAAGUCCUGCAGGGGUUGAAUUUGAAAAUUAAAAGCGGAGAAACAGUCGCACUUGUGGGUGGAUCUGGAUGUGGUAAAUCGACCUGUCUCCAACUUAUUCAACGGCUCUAUGAUCCUCUUCAGGGUCAGGUGAUGUUAGACGGAGUUGACAUAGCCAAACUUAAUGUCGGAUGGAUGCGGUCGUACAUCGGCGUAGUCGGGCAAGAGCCAGUGCUUUUUGAUACAACCAUAAGAGAGAACAUCCGCUACGGAAAUGAUAAUGUCACUGAAGAGGAGAUGAUCAAAGCUGCUAAGGAAGCUAAUGCUCACGACUUCAUUAGCAAAUUACCGGAGGGUUACGACAGUCCUGUUGGUGAGCGUGGCUCGCAAUUAUCAGGUGGACAAAAGCAAAGAAUAGCCAUAGCCCGGGCAUUAGUACGUAAGCCCAAAAUUUUGAUUCUGGAUGAAGCGACAUCUGCGUUAGAUCUUCACAGCGAAGCGACCGUACAACGUGCUCUUGAUGCGGCUGCCAAAGGCAGAACUACUGUUGUUGUUACUCAUCGGUUAUCAACGAUCACCAAUGCCGAUAGGAUCGUCUUCAUCAAGGAUGGACAGGUUGCUGAAAUGGGAACACACGAGGAAUUACUUGCGUUGGGAAAUCAUUAUUACGGAUUAGUUUCUGCUGAUGCCAGUACGACUGCUAAAGCUAAAGCAACAGCAACCGUAGCAAAAAGUACAGUAGCAGCCGUUCCAAAAGCCAAACCACCAUUAAAGAAACAAUUUUCAACGUUGUCAAUGCAUUCGCAUCGUCUGUCACUUGCCGGCGCGUCUACAACAUCCGAAGAGGAGCUCGACGAACAUGAGAAACCCUACGACGCUCCGAUGAGAAGAAUUUUCGGGCUGAACAAACAAGAGUGGCUCUUCAAUUUGAUUGGCAAUAGUUGUCUAGCCGCAGCAACAGUUGGCGCCUCAUUUCCAGCAUUCGCGAUGUUAUUUGGUGACGUCUACUACGUACUGGGUUUGGAAAACCCGGACGAAGUUCGUGAGAAGACGAUAACUUUCUCAAUCUACUUUGGAAUAGUCGGAGUGGUAACCGGAAUAGGAACUUUCCUGCAAAUGUACAUGUUUGGGUUGGCAGGAGUGAAGAUGACCGCGCGAAUCCGUAAAAUGACAUUCACAGCGAUGUUGAAACAAGAAAUGGGGUGGUACGAUGAGGACACCAAUAGCGUGGGAGCAUUGUGUGCCCGGUUAUCAUCAGACGCGGCUGCUGUGCAAGGAGCAACUGGGAGUCGUAUUGGCGCUAUUCUGCAAGCGUUGUCAACUUUGGUGCUGGGAAUUGGUCUGUCAAUGUACUAUUCGCCAGAAAUGACUCUUGUGUCGGUGGUUUCGAUACCGCUGGUACUUGGAGCAGUAUUUUUUGAGGCGCGUAUAAUGGGCGGACAAGGGAUGCAAGAGAAGAAGAAAAUGGAAUGCGCAACGCGAAUAGCGGUCGAAGCUAUUUCGAAUAUUCGGACUGUUGCGAGUUUGGGAAAGGAGAAGGCCUUCCUAGAGCGAUACUGCGUUGAGUUAAACCACGUUGCUAAAGCCACCAGAGUAAAGAAUCGCUUACGAGGUCUGGUCUUCUCUUGCGGACAAACCAUCCCCUACUUUGGAUACGCUCUUAGUCUCUAUUAUGGUGGUUAUCUCGCGGCCAGAAAGGAUUUACCCUAUCAAGACGUGAUAAAGGUUUCAGAGGCGCUGAUCUUCGGGUCCUGGAUGCUUGGCCAGGCGCUUGCUUUUGCUCCAAACUUCAACACUGCCAAGAUAUCUGCCGGGAGAAUAUUCCGCCUUCUGGACCGAGUACCCGAAAUCUUAACUCCGCCGGAGAUGGAGGGCAAGGAUUUGGACUGGAAGGCUGACGGCUUGAUACAGUUUUCGAAAGUUGAAUUCCACUACCCGACGCGAACGGAGCAACAGAUCCUUCGCGGUCUGAAUUUAAUCGUAAAGCCGGGGCAGAUGGUUGCGCUGGUGGGUCAAAGUGGAUGCGGUAAAUCAACUUGCAUUCAAUUACUUCAACGUUUGUACGACCCGCUUACUGGAAGCGUUACAAUGGAUCGCCGGGAUAUCACAUCCGUAUCUCUGUCCGCUCUGCGUGCGCAGUUCGGUGUUGUAGGUCAAGAACCAGUCCUCUUUGAUCGGACUAUCGCUGAGAAUAUUAUGUAUGGUGAUAACAAUCGGGUUGUUACCAUGGAUGAAGUUAUUGAAGCUGCCAAGAAAUCUAAUAUUCACAGUUUUAUCAGCUCUCUACCUUUGGGUUACGAUACAAGACUCGGUAGCAAAGGAACCCAGCUCUCUGGUGGUCAGAAACAACGUAUUGCAAUCGCACGUGCUUUGGUCCGAAAUCCAAGAAUCCUGUUGCUCGAUGAAGCCACUUCCGCCCUCGACACGCAGAGUGAAAAGGUCGUCCAAGCAGCCCUGGACAAAGCCAUGGAGGGUAGAACUUGUAUCACCAUCGCGCAUCGUCUGGCGACCAUAAAGAACGCGGACGUGAUUUGCGUCCUGGAGAAGGGAAUGGUCGCUGAAAUGGGAACUCACGAUGACUUAAUCGCUGCAGAUGGUCUCUACGCUCACCUCCACGCCCUCCAAGAAGCUGCCAUGGAGUAA